CCUCCCUCUGCACCUAUUGAAAUGCAUUGGGAAGAUUCGAGAGAUUUCUGGACGUUCGCGUUCUCGAACACUCUCGGCUGAGCGUAUAUAAACCGUCACUGGCGUAACGCACACGCUUGUUACGGAUCUCCCGAAGCUAUUCACAAAAGCAUCCAAGAUGCCCGAGGCACAUGACCAGCUGAUGGAGGAGGAGGCAGAGACUUUUGCCUUCCAGGCUGAGAUUGCUCAGCUGAUGUCUCUGAUCAUCAACACCUUCUACUCCAACAAAGAGAUCUUUCUCAGAGAGCUCAUCUCCAACUCUUCAGACGCUUUGGAUAAAAUCCGCUAUGAAAGUCUCACAGACCCAAGCAAGCUGGACUCCGGAAAAGACCUCAAAAUUGAAAUCAUUCCCAACAAGCAAGAUCGCACACUGACUAUUAUCGAUACCGGCAUUGGUAUGACAAAGGCUGACCUCAUCAAUAACCUGGGAACCAUCGCCAAAUCCGGCACAAAGGCCUUUAUGGAGGCCCUGCAGGCUGGAGCAGACAUUUCCAUGAUUGGUCAGUUUGGAGUGGGUUUCUAUUCUGCCUACCUGGUGGCCGAGAAAGUCACUGUCAUCACCAAACACAACGAUGAUGAGCAGUAUGCUUGGGAGUCAUCUGCAGGCGGAUCCUUUACAGUUAAAGUGGACAACUCUGAGCCAAUCGGCCGUGGCACAAAAGUGAUCCUGCAUUUGAAGGAGGACCAGACAGAGUACAUUGAAGAGCGCCGAAUCAAGGAAAUCGUGAAGAAGCACUCGCAGUUCAUUGGCUACCCCAUCACACUCUUUGUGGAGAAGGAGCGUGACAAGGAGGUGAGUGACGAUGAGGCAGAAGAGGAAAAGGAAAAGGAGAAAGAUGAAGAGGAGGGAGAGAAAGACGAGGAUAAGCCUGAGAUUGAAGAUGUGGGCUCAGACGACGAAGACCAGGAUGACAAGAGCUCCGACAAGAAGAAAAAGAAGAAGAUCAAGGAGAAGUACAUCGACAAGGAGGAGCUGAACAAGACCAAACCUCUGUGGACGCGCAACCCUGAUGACAUCACCAACGAGGAGUACGGCGAGUUCUACAAGAGCCUCACCAAUGACUGGGAGGAUCAUCUCGCUGUCAAACACUUUUCCGUGGAAGGUCAGCUGGAAUUCCGCGCUCUACUCUUUGUGGCUCGAAGAGCUCCAUUUGAUCUGUUUGAGAACAAGAAAAAGAAGAAUAACAUCAAACUGUACGUGCGCAGAGUCUUCAUCAUGGACAACUGCGACGAACUCAUCCCAGAGUACCUUAACUUCAUUAAGGGUGUUGUGGACUCUGAGGACUUGCCCCUGAACAUCUCCAGAGAGAUGCUCCAGCAAAGCAAGAUCCUGAAAGUGAUCCGCAAGAACCUGGUCAAGAAGUGCCUUGAGCUCUUCACGGAGCUUGCAGAGGACAAAGACAACUACAAGAAGUUCUACGAGCAGUUCUCCAAGAACAUCAAGCUUGGAAUCCAUGAAGACUCGCAGAACAGAAAGAAAUUGUCAGAAUUGCUGCGUUACUACACAUCUGCCUCCGGAGACGAGAUGGUGUCCCUCAAAGAUUAUGUUACUCGCAUGAAGGACACCCAGAAGCACAUCUACUACAUCACAGGUGAGACCAAAGAUCAGGUGGCCAACUCUGCCUUUGUGGAGCGUCUGCGCAAAGCUGGUCUGGAGGUGAUCUACAUGAUUGAGCCCAUUGACGAGUACUGCGUUCAGCAGCUGAAGGAGUUUGAGGGCAAGAAUCUGGUGUCAGUGACCAAAGAAGGUCUGGAGCUGCCUGAGGAUGAGGACGAGAAGAAGAAGCAGGAAGAGAAGAAGGCCAAGUUUGAAAACCUGUGCAAGAUCAUGAAAGACAUCCUGGAGAAGAAAGUCGAGAAGGUCACCGUCUCAAAUCGUCUGGUGUCUUCGCCGUGCUGCAUCGUCACAAGCACAUAUGGCUGGACGGCCAACAUGGAGAGGAUCAUGAAGGCCCAGGCUCUGAGGGACAACUCCACCAUGGGCUACAUGGCUGCCAAGAAGCACCUUGAGAUCAAUCCAGAUCAUUCCAUCAUGGAAACCCUCAGACAGAAAGCCGAAGCUGACAAGAACGACAAAUCCGUGAAGGAUCUGGUGAUCCUUCUAUUCGAAACCGCACUGCUCUCCUCUGGCUUCACACUGGACGACCCACAGACGCACUCCAACCGCAUCUACAGGAUGAUCAAACUCGGCUUAGGCAUCGAUGAGGAUGACCUGUCGACAGAAGAGCCAAGCCCCGCCCCCGUCGAGGACAUGCCACCAUUGGAAGGAGAUGACGACACAUCUCGCAUGGAGGAAGUCGACUAAGAACGCAGCAAUACCAUUUGCUAGUUCAUGUUUGCAGCUCUGUAAAAAGUAUAAAUUAAUGUUCAAAAUUAUGAUUAUUCCUGAAUGUUCAUGUUCUUCUUGACCACAAUGCAGUUUAAAGUCAUUCGAUUUUUGUUGGCAUUGCUUUCAGAGAACCAUUACCAUCUCAACCCCUCCCUUUUUAUUCUGAACUGUGUACGCACUUUUUUUUUAAAUUUUUUAUUUAUUAACAUUUCAACGAUUUUUGUUUUGUUUUGUUCGAAUGUUAAGUGGGUUGUGAAGUGCAUGACACUGAUACUGUAUUGCUGGCAUGGUGUGACUCUGAAAUAAAGCUUACCAUAUCAGGUUAUUUGA